AUGACAGAUAUAGCAGAUAUAGGAUCUCCGAUAUUGAAGCUCCCGGAAGACGUUCUCAGGGACAUCUUUGCGAUAAACGGCAGCUACGACGAACUCAUUGCGGCCAGGCAGAAAGGACCGGAGCUUGAACGAGUUUUCGAUGAACCGGACACGGACCCUUCAGUCGAGUUGAGCCAAUUCGACCUCCAUCCGCUCACCACAAUUCGGCGUGCGUCGCAGGUAUGCGCGUUUUGGCGCCAUAUCAUCCUACAUUACCCGGGAUUAUGGGGAGGCCUCAUAGACAUUGAGUUUAUCGCAAUUCGCAGUCAGCAAGCAUGGGCCGAAGAAAUUUUGCGUAGAGCCGGAGAUAGCCCAUUGACCGUUGUGGGCGCCGUCGCUAAUAGGACGCCAUCUCUAUUCCGGGUCCUCCUGUCGAAGCUCGUCACUGUCCACUGGAGCCAGAUCCGCCUUAUUGACCUCGACUUAGGGAAAUGCCUAGGUGCACUUACUUUCAUGGAGAAAGCAAUAUCCACCCAUACCGAGUGUCUCGAACACUUUUUGCUGAAGUACAACUUCGAUUUCAAACAUGGGGCGAAACUUUUCGACAAUGUGGCACCGUCGCUUCGAAGUUUUUGGCAUCAUGGACUUGGGUUCGAUGUGAACGCUCCGUGGAUGCGACAAUUACAGAGACUCUCCGUCCAGCUACGCGCCGAAGAUCUGCAAGCCUCCCGGUUAUCCGACUUCCUUAACGCUCUUACUCAUAUGUUCUCCCUCGGUUCAUUGGAGAUAACGAACGCCGCAGGAAAAGACCCCAAAUUUCGAGGAGACGUGGCUCUCUUGUCCUCUAUUAACCUCCCUCAAUUAAAGCACCUCUCAAUUACACACGACAUCAGAAUAUGCAACAUCAUUCUGAGCCACAUAGCCCCGACUGAAGAACGAAGGACUAGUGUAUGCGUGAUGAUUUACCAGUUCGAUGAAGCCGCAACCCUUGAGCUCGCCACUCAAGCAUCUUCGUAUGUAGGACGGUGCAAACGUCCCUUCAGUCCCUUGGUUUCCGUCACGCUCAAGACCUGGCGGUUUCGCAUUGUAGAACAAACAUCAAGCCGUCGAUCUUCACCUGGACCAGACCUCAACUUCCAGAUCAUCAAACAAAAGAGAAGAUCGUAUUCGGCAGACAUGGAACAUCUUUCCACAAUAUUUCUCAACAUUUUCGUAAACGGCAACUUUCAACCGACGACGUCGCUCAACUUCGAGAUAGUCGGAUUCCAAGGGGUCCUAACGAGCGCGUUCAACGAAUCCGCUCGGAGAUUUGUUCGCGCGUUUCAGUCACUGAAGGUCCUUCGUACAGAUGCCGUUGCGUUCACCGUGGUGGCAGAGCCUGGUGUCGUGCCCAGGUAUGAGGGUCAUCUUUGUUUCCCUCAUCAUCUCCAGGAACUCAGGCUCAUUGGAUUCUGGCUCGACGGAGGUCCGUUCGGAAGGGAUUUCGAUGACUAUUUCGGAAGCUUUUACCGAACAAACUACUCGGAUAAAGAAAGUGUGGAGGCAUUCGUCCUGGAUCUGCGUGUUGCUUGUAUGCUCGACCGAGAGGCAUUUCAUGCGUUGGAGGCGGAGGGGGUAGUGGUGCGAUAUCCUCAAGUCAGAGCCCAAGGAUAUUUCGAUUUUUUUACCUUUCUACCGACUUCGUUUGAGAAGACUGAAUCGUGCCGCUGCCUUGUUGCCGGAAAUGUUGAUAUUCGACAUGAAUAUACACUCUUGCACCGCCAACUCUAUUGGCCAUCAUCUACGUCCUUCGCAGAAGCUAUAUAUAAGAUUCUCCCUCUCCCCCAUCAUCAUCCUGCAAAUCCCGUGCGCGAAAUCCCGGGUAUAUUCACCGAUUUGGUAUUAAGCGCCCACGACCCGCGGAACCACGACCGGACUCCCAUUCCGCAGGCCGUUCCACCCGUAAUGGCGGCCUUAACAGAGUCACCGAUAUCCAUGCUCCCAGAAGAGGUCCUCAGAAUCAUCUUUUCGAUAAACGGCAGUUACGACGAACUCGUCUUAGCCAAGCAAGACGUAGCCGAAGCCGAAGAACGAGAGUCCGAUGAACCAGACACCCAACCUGUAAUCCAGUUGAGCCCAUUCGACCGACAUCCACUCACAACCAUCCGGCGUGCUUCGCAAGUGUGCAUGUUUUGGCGCAAUAUCAUUCUGCAUUAUCAAGGCCUAUGGGGAGGUCUACUCGAUAUCGAUUAUAUCGCAAGUUACGGUCGAGUUGAAUGGGCAGAAGAGAUCCUGCGGAGGGCUGGAGUUAGUCCGUUGACCGUUGUGGGUACCUUCUUCGGCGAGAUCCAGACUUUCAACGACAAUUUAAACGAAGUCGAUUCCCAAUCUGUACAUGCAACUGUCACCGCCUUCACCGAGGAAGCAGCAUCCACUCCGACUAAGCGCCUCCAGCACUUCUCCCUCAUUCACCGUUUCGACUUCGAAUCCGCUAAGAACUUCUUUUCCGGUUCAGUCCCCUCUCUCCGCACUUUUUCGUACGGACUCGGGUUUGAUUUGAACGCAUCUUGGACACACCAAUUACGAAGCCUAUCCCUCAACCUACGCGCAGCGGAUCUGCGCCACGGCCUCUUAUCUGACUUGCUGACCGCUCUUCCCCACACGCGCUCCCUCAGGUCGUUAAAGCUUAGUAAUUUUCAUUCAAAUCUACGCCUGCAGGGUGUCGACCCCGUCCUUCCUUGUAUCGACCUCCCGCAGUUAAGCGACCUCUCAAUCGAAGCCAACAUUCGACUGUGCAACUUGUUCCUGCGCCACAUCACACCAGCACGGGGUAGGAGAACAAUCAUACACGCCAGGAUUCCGAGUUAUACAAGAAAUUUAUGCCCUUUCGUGGACGAACUCGCGGUCCACACGUCGGCUUAUAUCCAGCAAUCUCCUUUCGGUCCGAGGGUUUCAUUCAGCCUGGGAAAGGGUUCAGAAGAAUUGCACUUCAUGGACCACCCGAGUCGCCGCCUUUCACAUGAACCGGCAUUCAAGCUAAGCUUAAGCUUUCCGAGAAGAGAAGCCACAGGAGUCAUCGACGGAGCCAUGAAAUUGCUCGCGUCUUUCGCACAUGGCGGUUUCGAAAGCACAAGAAAGUUGAUUUUAGAGAUAGGCUGGGGUGCGAUACGCGUUGAGGACUUCCAUGGCGCCACCCAACAAUUCUUGCGUGCGUUCCGCUCCUUAACGUCCGUCCAGGCAGACGCUUUCGGAUUCUUCGCCAUAUCUCAGGCAAUUUCGCGGUCGGAAAGGCCGCACAGCAUGCUUAAUAGCCUCCAGAAUUUCAACUAG